CCGCUCUGUGUGAUAAUGGAUACCGACUAUUCGUCCGGAUUGGAAAACCCUCUUUUCAGCGAGCUGAAAUACUUCUGCAGAAAAAUACAGGAGGCCUACAACGAGCUGAAGGAGGACUUGACACCUCACCGUGAUGAUCGUUUUUAUAGGCUGGCCCCCAUGCGGCUCUACACCUUAUCCAAAAGGCACUUUGUCUUAGUCUUUGUGGUGUUCCUGCUCUGCUUUGGCCUCACAGUCUUCAUUGGGAUUGCAGGUCCAAGGAUUAUUGCAGAACAGGAGCAUAAUGGAGAUCAUGUUGUUGCAAAGAACUUCUCAGUAAAGACGGGGCCCUUCAGUCUACAGUCUCCUCCCCUCACCACCUACAAUCAGCAGCUCUGGCUCACCUGCCUGAUGCAGGCUGAGAACAGCAACAUGGGAGAUUUCCAGCAGCCCUUUGAUAUCAACGUAGAGCUUAAUGGAGUGAUGCAGGACGCCAGCAUGAUGCACAUCAACGCCGUGCAGCAGAAAUCGCGGACGCUGCACUGUGGGGCCAAAUGUGAUGAGAUCAUCGUGCUGCAUCUGGGCUACCUGAACUACACCCAGUACAAGGUUUCUGUCAGCUUCAGAGGCCUAGAGAAUAUCACAUAUGAAAUCAAGGUUAAGUUUGUGUGGAAAACAUACAAUCCCACCUUUUCACAAGUGGAAAUCUGGUUCCGGUUUGUCUUCGUGGUGUUAACCUUCAUGGUGACGUGCAUGUUUGCUCAUUCACUGAGGAAAUUCUCCAUGAGGGACUGGGGCAUAGAGCAGAAGUGGAUGUCCAUUCUGCUCCCUUUGCUUCUACUCUACAACGAUCCGUUCUUCCCUCUGGCAUUCCUGGUGAACAGCUGGUUUCCGGGGACAUUGGAUGCCUUCUUCCAGGCCCUCUUCCUGUGCGCUCUGCUGCUCUUCUGGCUCUGCGUGUACCACGGCAUCAGGGUACAGGGCGAGAGAAAAUUUCUCACAUUCUACCUACCUAAGCUGAUCAUCGUAGGCCUUCUAUGGCUGUCAGCCGUUACGCUCGGCAUAUGGCAAACGGUUAAUGAACUCUCGGAUCCUACCUAUCAGAACAACAUGGAUAUUGCACACUUUCAGGGCAUGAAGGUGUUCUUCCUUAUCAUUGUUUCGCUCUACAUCCUCUACCUGAUAUUCCUGAUUGUCAGAGCUUGCUCUGAACUGAAGAACAUGCCUUACUCAGAUCUUCGGCUCAAGUUCUUGACAGCGCUGACGUUUGUGGUGCUUGUCAUCAGCGUGAUCAUUCUCUACCUGAGGUUCGGCGCCAAGGCUCUGCAGAAAAGUUUUGUGGCAGAGUUGUCGACCCAUUAUCAAAACUAUAUCCUUUCAGCUGGGUUUAAUGACAUACCAGCUGAAUUUCUAUCCUUCUACGGCCUACUCAACUUUUACUUGUACACAUUGGCGUUUGUGUAUUCUCCCUCCAAAAAUGCCCUUUAUGACUCCCAGCUGAAGGAUAAUCCAGCUUUCUCCAUGCUUAACGAUUCAGACGAUGAAGUCAUUUACGGGAGUGACUACGAAGACUUGCCUUUACAAAAUGGACGUGCUAUCAAAGCAACGGCCAAAUACCAGGAUGAGACUGACAGCGACUGA